GCCGGCGGCGGCUUCUGGGUUUCUGACAGACUGGUGAUCGAAGGCGGGGCCCGGUGCGCCCGCUGUAUUGGGGUUCGGGGGUCUUUUCUCGGCAUCGGUGAAAUGGGGCCGAGUAAGGGGUAUAUUGAGCGGAGAGACUCCUUGUCCAUCUCCCAUUUCUUUACUUUUCUUUUCUUUUUUUUGAGACGGAGUGUUGCUCAGUCGCCCAGGCUGAAGUGCAGUGGCGCGGUCUCGGCUCACUGCCACCUCCGCCUCCCAGGUUCAGACGACUCUCCUGCCUCAGCCUCCUGAGUAGCUGGGACUGCCGAGGCGCCCGCCACCAUGUCCGGCUAAUUUUUGUGUUUUUAGUAGAGAGGGGGGUUCAUCAUGUUGGCCAGCUGGUCUCGAACUCCUGACCUCAGGUGAUCCGCCCACUUGGUCCUCUCAAAGUGCUGGGAUUACAGGUGUGAGCCACCGAGCCCGGCCUGUAUUUGUGUACUGUCUGACACCCCCCACUGGAAUGUGAGCUCUCUGCAGUGCAAGACUAUUUCAGGACUAGAAGAACAUGCCUGGCCUAAGGUCGGAAUGAACUGAUCGCCCGCUACAUCAAGUUGAGAACAGGGAAGACCCGAACUCGAAAACAGGUUUCUAGUCACAUCCAGGUUUUGGCCCGAAGGAAAUCGAGGGAAAUACAGUCCAAGUUGAAGGACCAGGUUUCCAAGGACAAGGCUUUCCAGACAAUGGCGACCAUGUCCUCUGCCCAGCUCAUCUCUGCACCUUCCCUGCAGGCCAAACUGGGUCCCACCGGGCCUCAGGUGGUCGAGGCCUCUGAGCUUUUCCAGUUUUGGUCUGGGGGCUCUGGGCCCCCCUGGAAUGUUCCGGACGUGAAGCCAUUCUCACAGACACCGUUCUCCUUGUCACUGACUCCCCCAUCUACUGACCUCCCAGGGUAUGAGCCCCCCCAAGCCCUCUCACCCCUGCCCCCACCUGCCCCAUCACCCCCAGCCUGGCAGGCUCGGGCCCUGGGCACUGCCCGGUUGCAGCUGGUAGAGUUCUCAGCCUUUGUGGAACCGCCGGAUGCAGUUGAUUCUUACCAGAGGCACCUGUUCGUGCACAUCAGCCAGCACUGCCCCAGCCCCGGAGCACCGCCGCUUGAGAGCGUGGACGUCCGGCAGAUUUACGACAAAUUCCCCGAGAAAAAGGGUGGCCUCCGGGAGCUGUAUGAUCGUGGGCCCCCCCAUGCCUUCUUCCUGGUCAAGUUCUGGGCCGACCUGAACUGGGGCCCAAGUGGUGAGGAGGCGGGGGCCGGUGGCAGCAGCAGCAGCAGUGGUGGCUUCUACGGAGUGAGCAGCCAGUAUGAGAGCCUGGAACACAUGACCCUCACCUGUUCCUCCAAGGUCUGCUCCUUUGGCAAGCAGGUGGUGGAGAAGGUGGAGACGGAACGGGCCCAGCUGGAGGACGGGAGAUUUGUAUACCGCCUGCUACGUUCGCCCAUGUGCGAGUACCUGGUGAAUUUCUUGCACAAGUUACGGCAGCUGCCUGAGCGAUACAUGAUGAACAGCGUCCUGGAGAACUUCACCAUCCUCCAGGUGGUGACAAACAGAGACACCCAGGAACUGCUGCUGUGCACCGCCUAUGUCUUCGAGGUCUCCACCAGUGAGCGUGGGGCCCAGCACCACAUUUACCGCCUGGUCAGGGACUGAAGGGGUACCCCAGAACUGGCUCAACCCCAGAACACCUUCCUCCCAAGGAAGGUUCUCCAGUUCACCUCAUGCUUCUUAUUUGGGGAGGGGGCUGUGAUGUGAAGGGGUUGACCUCAGAGGCCUAAGCAACUGGGGCGGUCCUUCCUUAAUAGGGGCCCCUAUUCAUUAGAGGGGCCCCCAAAACUUGGAGAGCUGGACAGGCUGGGACUGAGGAAAGGAUAAACCCCGAUAUUAGGACCUCACAGUGGGUGUCUGAUAGGACAGAUCACUCCAGAGUAUCAGGGAUUGUGGGGACAGGAGUGAGACAACCCCCAGGUACAGCACUGGCUUCUCAGCCCCUAGCAGGGCCCCUCCACACUCCUCUGCAUGUCUUAGAGGACCCUAGUUACACAUUUGCUUGUCCCCUUUACUUUUUCCCAGCCACCCCUCCCCCUGAAAUUUCUGCCUAUCCCUCCCACCUCCACUCCUUGACCUGUGAGAUCACAAAGUGAAGAUUAACCCUUUCUGUGCAGGAGCAGAGUCAGGUGGGCCUUGAAAGUAUUUUUUUUUUUUUUUUAAUAUAACGAGAUAUUUAUAAGUGGGUGCUAGGGGCUUGACUUUAUCUCAGCUGCACAAGCAGUGGGGUGAAGCUUUCAAAUCUCAUUCCCCCCUCCUUCUAAUGAGCCACAAGCUACUCUUUCCUCCCUCCCCUCCCAAAGUUUGUUGGUUUGUGUUCUGACAGAGGAUAAAGCUAUUUUACCAAAAA